UUACCAUACCUACCUAGUAUGGUAUAUCUAUACCUAGUAGAUAUCACAGUACAUACAUACAUAUCCCAUCCUCAUUUCUUCUCCAAAACUUCCGAUUGUCGCAUCAACUUUCAAAAUCAAUUUAAUAAAACAUACCGCCACUCUCCUUUUUCUUUCCUUUUCCCUCUUGCUCUAGCUCUUUAAUAACUUUGAUAUCUCGCUGGUGAUACAUUCACCAAGUCUUUCUUUUACAUUUCGAUCCUUUCAAUCCUGGUGUAAUCUACCUACCUAGGUGAUUACAAAACAAUCCCAAUUCACUCAACAGAAAGGUACAAGGGAAGGAAAGGAACGGAAAGGAAAUAUAGAACCCAUUCAUUUGGCUUCCUUUUUCCCUACAUUUUCCACAUCUUCAAAGACCUUCAAGAAGUCGAUAUACUUCUCCUUCUACUCUAAUCGAUAAUUGUCUCUCACAAAAAGAUCUCUGCAUUGCAGACAUUCCGAAACCAUGGAUAUUGCAUUAGAAGUCACCGACAAAUACUUCUUCGAUCAUUUCUAUUCCGCUCUCUUACCCGCAAAACCUAUACUCUUGAAUGCCAUUGGAGAACAAAUUAAUGGCACAAUACUCGAUCCGAAAACGGCUUCAACAUGGCAAUAUCAUCCUUCGAAUUCUUUCCUCCAGUUUGAACCGACAGACGCGGCGUAUACCAGUCAAUGGGAUAGAGAUAAUAUUUUCCGACAAGCUUUCUCGUUGUUCCUGAUUACUUGGAUCGCAGGUGCAGCAAUUUACUUUACAAUCUCUACUCUCUCGUACCUAUUCGUCUUUGACAAAACUACCUUUCAACAUCCCAAAUUCCUCAAAAAUCAAAUCCGCAUGGAAAUCUCUCAAGCAUGUAACUCGAUGCCCUUAAUGUCCAUUCUCACCACUCCCUUCUUCCUCGCAGAAGUUAGGGGCUAUUCAAAACUAUACGAUCUUACCUCUGAAGGACCGGGUACGUGGUACAAUUGGUUCCAAUUUCCACUUUUCCUCCUCUUCACAGAUUGUUUCGUCUAUUUCAUCCACCGCGGUCUCCAUCAUCCUUCCGUAUACAAGACACUUCAUAAACCACAUCACAAAUGGAUUAUGCCAACUCCUUACGCUUCAAUUGCUUUUCAUCCGGUAGAUGGCUGGAUGCAAUCUCUUCCUUACCACGUCUUUCCCUUUAUCUUCCCACUUCAGAAAUUCGCAUACCUCGGUCUCUUCUUCUUCGUACAAGUCUGGACAGUGUUUAUUCAUGAUGGAGAAUAUGUGGCCAAUAGUCCAAUUUUGAAUGGAGCCGCUUGUCACACGAUGCAUCAUCUGUACUUCAAUUAUAAUUAUGGUCAAUAUACCACACUUUGGGAUAGAUUGGGAGGUAGUUACAGAAAACCAAAUGAGGAACUUUUCAGAAGAGAGAGUAAGAUGGGACAAAAGGAAUGGGAGAGACAAGUUGCGGAGAUGGAGAAACAGGUUUUGGAGGCGGAAGGAGAGGAUGAUAGAGUUUAUAGUGGUGUGGAAAAGAAGAUGAAUUAGUUUGAACUUUGAAGAUUGGCAAGGCAUGUAAAUAUGUCAAAUGGCCUUUUGAGUGGGGUGAGAGGAGGAGGGGAAUGGAAUGAGAUGCAUUGAUUGUAUAUAUUGCAUGGUAUGACAUGAAAUGGCAUUUUUGAUGUAGAUUCAUAUCGGUUUGAAAAUAAUGAAUGGAUGGAUAGAUGGAUGAAUGGAUGGAAAUGAAUUGCAUAUAAAGGCGUUCAAUUAUUAUAAAGUAUUAUGGUAGAUAUAUUAAUGUGGGUGGAUAGAUGAUGGGUGAUGAGCAAGAUAAGCAAGAUGAGCAAGAUGAGCAAGAUGAGCAAGAUGAGCAAGAUGAGCAAGAUGAGCAAGAUGA